AUGGGUUGUGGGAUGAGCGUGCAGACGAAAGAGGCCACUGUGUCAGAAGCAUCUGUAAGUAAUGCCGAAGAUGCCAACAACGUGAACCAAGUUGUACAAAUUCUUAUUCUCGGGCCGUCGAACAGUGGAAAAAGCUCGUUCUUGAAGCAAGUUCGGCUUAUAUAUGUAAAGGACAUUUCAAAGAGCGAACGGUUAAGCACAGUACCUUUGAUCGUUAGCAACCUGGGUGAGACACUCUCGUGUCUUUUGAGAGCAAUGUACAUGGAUGGUAUUGACUUCGACAAUCCAAGACUGAAGCAGACCGUGUCAAGGUUUUUACAGCUUACUAAGUUUUUCAAAAUAAACAUGGUAGAGGGGAAAGAAAUGCGUGAUAUUUUACGUCUUGCACGGAGAUUAUGGGCUGAUGACCGCGUUAAGGAAUACUUCAAUUACGCGAGACAUUAUCUUCAGCUUGUGGACAUGGGUGGCUAUUUUUUGAAUAACUUACAACGAAUUUCUCAGGCAGAGUUUGUACCAAAUGACCAAGAUAUGCUACAUGCCCGACGUGUUACAACUGGAAGCACAGAAAUCAAAUUCGUUUACAAUCAUAACCGAUUUCUCGUUAUAGACGUUGGUGGUAUGCGGGACGAGCGAAAAAAGUGGAUUCAGUAUUUCAACAAAGUUGGUGUCAUAUUCUUUUGUGCUUCUCUUGCCGAUUACAACCUUUACGUAGAAGAGGAUCCAAAUAAGAACGCUAUGUACGAGAGUCUAGAACUGUUUGAUUCGAUAGUUAACUCACCGUGGUUGACCAAAACCCCAGUCAUCCUUUUCUGA